AUGGAUCUACGGUCUGCAAUACUGAUUACUGGUUCAUCCAACGGAUCUACGGUCUGCAAUACUGUUUGGAUAACGGAUUAUUGGUUCAUCCGACUGGUCUAUGGUCUGCAAUACCGUUUGGAUAAAGGAUUACUGGUUCAUCCGACUGAUCUAUGGUCUGCAAUACUGAUUACUGGUUCAUCCGACUGGUCUAUGGUCUGCAAUACCGUUUGGAUAAAGGAUUACUGGAUCAUCCAACGGAUCUACGGUCUGCAAUACUGUUUGGAUAACGGAUUAUUGGUUCAUCGGACUGGUCUAUGGUCUGCAAUACCGUUUGAAUAA